UCCUCCGGCCCUUUCCGGGAGACAAUUUAGUGGCGGGAAGAUAGGCCUCUGAGGCUGCAUCAUCCCGUCCCAGGCCAUACCUCCCAGCGCCAGUCAGAAUGGAGAUGCAACCCAGGGAACAAGCGGCCACCGAGUCCCCGGACUCCGGAGGCGGGGAAGGCAGGCCACCACAGGUCGCCGGCGCCCAGGAGGCACGUCCCGAGGACCGCCUGACCCUACUGCUCAGGCUGAGAGCACAAACUAAACAGCAACUCUUGGAAUAUAAGUCAAUGCUUGAUGCGAGUGAAGAAAAAACUCCAGAACAAAUCAUGCAAGACAAGCAAAUUGAAGCUAAAAUUGAAGACCUGGAAAAUGAAAUUGAAGAGGUGAAAACUGCUUUUGAAAUAAAAAAGCUUGCAUUACACAGGAUGCAACUUUCUGCUGCACUUAAAAGAAACCUGGAGAAAAUUAACCCCCAGACCAGUGUGCUCAUGGAUAACAUGAAACACAUAUUAAAGCUAAACAAAUUAAUCAUGAAGUCACAGCAGGAAUCUUGGGAUUUGGAGGAAAAACUGCUUGAUGUUAGAAAGAAGAGAUUACAAUUAAAACAAGCUUCAGAAAGUAAGCUUUUAGAAAUACAGACUGAAAAGAACAAACAGAAAGAUGAUUUGGCCAUUAUGGAAAAUUCAGACAAGAUAAAGACCGUACAACAAAACCUACAGACGGAGAUACAAGUUACUACAGUGAUUCAACAUGUGUUCCAGAACCUCAUUUUAGGAAGUAAAGCCAACUGGGCAGAGGAUUCUGCCUUUAAGGAAAUUGUUCUACAGCUUGAGAAGAAUCUCACCAUGAUCAAAUAAGAAUUUCUGUUUUAUUAUUUUUUGUUUCCAUCUUUCAUAUAUCAUUUAAAUAGCAUAUUUCAAGUAAUUUUUUUUAGUGUUUUUGGAACUAUUCUAAUACUGCAAAUUUUUUGUAACUUAACACUAUAAUACGGAAUCUAUUGUUUUAGAUAUGAUAAUUAAAGUGACUGGCAUACUCCAAAA